AGUUAUGACAUAAUUAAAAAAAAAAAUGCAUUUCAAUUUUAUGAAAUUCCAGUUCCAAAUAGGCUGUAGUAUGCUAUAAAUUCAACACAAAAAUUUGCCUCCUCUCUCAAGUCCUCACCUCCCUGUAAAAAAGCCCAAAAAAACUAGAGCAACGUACUCAUCAAAGGUCUUGACAUGGCGAUGGAAGAGUUACACAUGGCCGCUCUUGCUUAUUAUAACAAUAGUAACGGGGAUCUUCAGAAUAAAGCGUGGGACUUCUUCAAUUCCAUGGAUUCGAAUGGAAAUGGUGGGUGAGUUUCUUUGUAUUCUAUCUCCUAUGUCUUUUAACAUCUCAGUAUAAAAUUAUAAUAAAAGUUUCAUGCAUUAUUGAUAGCCAAAAAUUUAGAAUUGUAUUUUUUUUCUUCUCUGCAUGUAUUCGUCCAGUUGAAUUAGGUAAAUUUAAGAAAAGAGUAAGACUUAUAUACAAUAUUUAUGUGCUAUUUUUUAGGUUUCCUUCUUAAGAUUUUGUCAUGUAAAUUUUUUCUCAUGAUAUAGAAGUGUAUGUUUUAGUUAAACAUUCACAUGACUAAAUUUUAAGAGGAGAAUUUAAGGAACAACAUCUAAAGUACUGUACCUAAAUUUUAUUCUUACAAAAAUAUUAUGUAAGAGACGGUAACGGCCGUAGCAUGUGUAAAUUUAAUUUUGAACUUUCAUUUUUAAUUUUGUUAGGAUUCUAGUAGAUAACUUAAAUUAUUAUUCUACAGCAGAUGAUACGUUUUAAUUGACACUACUCAAUUCUUUCCAAAUUGAUGGUUAUAGUACCAUAGUUCAACGAUAAAAUGAAGAUAAAUUGUACUUCAAUUCAGCGUAGUGAACCUUAAAAACAAGAGUUAAAUAUGUUGCACAUAAAUUAUUUUACGUAGUUUUAUACCCUCUUAGUUUUGGAUGGUGUUGAAAAGCACUUUUCAGCUGCAUCUCACGUUUUUCAGUGGGUCCUAUGUAUUGUUCACCGGACCCACAAGUAUUUUUUUCAGUAAAAACAACUUUAAAAUUAAGUUUCAUGGCACUAUUCACACAUUUAAAAAUUAUUUUGUUAUAAUGUUUUCAGUUUUUAGUUUUAAAAAAUAAGUGGUAUCUAAACAUACCCUGGGUUGAAAAUUAUUUUGUUAUAAUGUUUUCAGUUUUUAGUUUUCAACAAUAAGUGGUAUUUAAACAUCUAUCUACUAUCUAGUGGCCACAUCAACUUAACCCAAAAAAUCCCUCAAAAACCACAUCAACUUUCACCAAAAAUGAAAAUUACAUAGCUUUUUCUUUAUAAAUUAAGGACAAAAUUAUAAUGCUUUGAAUACUUAUUACAUUCUAAAAAAUAUAAAAUUACAUAAAAAAACACUCCUUAUAAUCUUGAAAUUAAGUUUUGAGGUUAGGUUACCAUAGGAGAAGGUAUAAGGCACCAAUAAUUUUGCCUGAUCCUAAUGGUCUGUUUGGAUGGUAUGGAUUUGGACUAUGGAUUUGGAUUUGAGAAGUCCUAAUUCAAAUUAUUUAUUUAGGUAAUUUUUAAAAAAAAAGAUUUGGAUUUGAUCCAAAUCCAAAUCCAACUCCAAAUCCAAAUGUUGUCAUCCAAACACAACUUAUAUUCAUUCUUCUAAUUAGAAUUAAUGGCUGGUUUAUACAACCAGUCAAAAAUUUCAUCAAUAUCUUGCUAAAUGCAAAUCAAAUACCAAAAAAAAAAAAAAAAAAAAUCAAAUCAUAAAAUCAAACUACUAAAAAAGAACUCAAAAUUCGAUGUAGUAACCUGUUAGUCCACAUGCAUAAUGCAUGCCAAAACCCAGUUAGUCAACUAGAUUUGUAGUUUGCACACUAUUAAACCAGGUUAUAGUUUUACAAGUUUUUGCCUUCUUGAAGGGAGCAGGAUUCUCUCAACGCUGCAAAUUAACUCCACUGCGUAUAGCUCAAAUCUAUCACUAGCAGACAACAUUGGUCCACAGGCCCUAGUCAUUUAAAAUGAUGGAACGAGUCAAGCUCACGGUGCGUGAAAGAAAAGCUCUUCAGUCUAAUAAUGGACUUGGACACUACUAGCUAACUUAGCUGGCAACAAUGGCUGCGUUUUCUGAUUUUUUUUUUCUUUUUUUCCAGUUGCACUAUUUGACCAUAAACAGGGUGGCUGCGUUUUUUUAGUUGUAUUAUUUGACCAAGUGCACUGUUAACGGACCUACAACUUUCACUUUUCAGCAACUUUUUCAUUAAAAAUAGGUCAUACGAUACUAUUCAUACAUUUAAAAAUUAUUUUGUUACAAUAUUUUCAGUUUCAGUUUUCAAUUUCAGCAAAAAUAAAUUCAAUCCAAACGAACUUAAUAGCAGAAAACAUUGCAAGUUAUGACAUAAUUAUAAAAAUAAAAAAUGCAUUUCAAUUUUAUGAAAUUCCAGUUCCAAAUAGGCUGUAGUAUGCUAUAAAUUCAACACAAAAAUUUGCCUCCUCUCUCAAGUCCUCACCUCCCUGUAAAAAGGCCCAAAAAAACUAGAGCAACGUACUCAUCAAAGGUCUUGACAUGGCGAUGGAAGAGUUACACAUGGCCGCUCUUGCUUAUUAUAACAAUAGUAACAGGGAUCUUCAGAAUAAAGCGUGGGACUUCUUCAAUUCCAUGGAUUCGAAUGGAAAUGGUCGAGUCAGCUACGAGGAGUUCAUCCACUUUUUCGGGCAAUACGGCUACAAUUGGGAAGACCGCAACUUUUACCAUAGUUUGGACCGCGACCACGACGGUUUGCUGGAUUUCUGGGAAGUCCUCACAUUGUACUACAUCUUGAAAACAAGGAGUGUGCGGUGCCAGUGCUGCUCAGCGUGCCAAAUUGGACUGUAUUUCACGUGCGUUACAUGCUUUCACAGUGCUCGCCACACCUUCGAUAUCUGUAUUGGUUGCUAUAGCACACAGACGUACAAGCGGCAGCACGACCAUGAUGUUUUCUUAGAUAGCUACGUGUUGCUGCGCUCCAAGAAAGGGCCUCCUCCUGGUUUGCCAGAUCUGAAUCAGGCACUAAUUCCUGUUCAACCAAAUGUUGUUAUAAAUGCACCAGAAAGGUCGAGGUGGUGGACAGCACUUGCAGCAUUGAAAUCGGCGAUAGCGGUGCUAAGCAUAGGGAGUUCGAUCUCUUCAUUACUAAGUUGUAGCAUAAUGUGAUAUGAUUAAUUACGAGAAAAUUGAAGGAAUACAAGAAUUACCACUAGUUGCCAUACAUGAAAGGGCAUGGCCUCCAUACUAAAUUUAUAUCUUAUAAACUUCAUCUAUGCUGAAGGGUUUGUAACAAUAGCAAAUUCAUGGUCCACAAGAAAUUUAAUUUGUCUGAAAUUUCCGGCCAGUUAUUUCCUCCUACUCUUAUAUAAUUGUUGUCGGUAUUAUUGAAUCUCAGACUAAUCCCAAAAUGGGAACAUGUUUUACACA